AUGGAAAUACAGCUCGCGGUGGCAGCAGUGCGCGCGCUCGAGGCGGCGCUCAAGCGGAAGCUUGAGGGGGAGGCGGUCGGGGACUUCAACGUCGACGCUGCGGCGGAAGCUUCUGCGCUCCUGAAGCGCGCGCGCGGCAACUCCGAGGGAGGCGCGGCCACGCAGAGCGGUAGACCCGAGGCUGGCGCAGCAGGUCGCACCGACGGUUUUGCCGAUCGCGGGGAUGCUAAUAACGCGGACGCUCAUCGCUCAGAAAGUUCCAAGAGACCAGCGGUGGGCGGCAGCCGGCCGGCCGCGCGAGGCGGCGCCGAUGACGUCAUGCCGACGCGAUCUGAGCUGGAGGCGAUUUGGCAGUUAGUGCACUCGGGGUACUUCGCGGGCGGCGGGGAGGGGGAGCUGCGCGAGGGGCAGGGUGCGCACGAAGCGGCGGAUUUAGCGGGCGCUUCCGGGAGCAGAGGGGAAGGGUCUUUGCCACGUGCCGUGGGAACGUCUGAGGUGGCAGCGCGAGAGGGAAGGGCGAUUCGGAAGGCGUGGGAGGAGUCUCUUUCCGCGCAAGGCGGAGGCGCGGGAGAGCGGGGUGGAAGGGGGGAUGACUUUGCGGGCGGCGGGGUCCAGCAGUCGUCGAAGAAAGGGCAGAACCUGGGCCCCCAGGCCAUGGCCGCGCGGCCAAUCUCCCCCCACACACUCUUUACCCCAUCCCCCUCGCACGCAUCGGGGUGCCGCACCCGCGCGCCCCUCCUCUUCUUCUCUCCCUUCUCUCUCACCCUCCCCCUUUCAGAUGCGGUGGGAGCGGGUGAACGCACGCAUGAGGGUGCUGCAGGGGCUGGUGCCGGGGGCGGCAACGAUGACAACAGAGAGCUUCCUGCUCCUCGCUGUCAACCCCCCUCCUCCCCCCGUCCCCCUUCCCCCCGCGCUCCUCCACCCCCCCUUCCCUCACCUCCGCAGAUGCGGCGGGAGCGAGUGAACGCGCGCAUGAGGGGUGCUGCAGGGGCUGGUGCCGGGGGCGGCAACGAUGACAACGGAGAGCUUCCUGCUGGAGGCAGUUCACUACGUGCGCUUCCUGCUGCAGCAGGUCAUGGUGCGUUCACUGCUGCUGUGUUCCACUUCCACCCGCCCCCUCCCGGUGCGUCUCCUGCUGGUGUGUGGCGUUGUAACCAAGGCUGUGUGGCAUUGAGUCGACUCCCCUUCCUGCUGGAGGCAGUUCACUCCGUGCGCUUCCUGCUGCAGCAGGUCAUGGUGCGUUCACUGCUGCUCCGCUCCCUCCCGGUGUGUCCCCUGCUGCUCUCCUCUCCUCUCCCCCCCCCCACACGGGUGCGUGUUGCUCUGCCCCCCACUCCCCCCUGGUGCGUUCCCUGCUGCUCCCUCCUUCCUUUCCUGCCGCCCUUUCUCUUCUGCGCUCCUCCACACCCCCCUUUCUCCUUAUUCCCCUUUUCCCCACCCCCUUCUCUCCUUAUCCCCCCACUCCUCACCCCACCCCUCUCCCCCGCUGCUCGCCCUCCGCCUUUGCAGGAGCUAUCAGAGCUUUAUACCCCUCAGAACCGCAACAGGGAGGAGGGGGAGGGGGAGAGUGGCGAGGGGCAGAGCCGAGCGGGGGAGGGGGCUGGGUGCAGUGUUGAAGGGGGCGCUGGAGGGAAGGGUGACGUGGACAGCGAGUUGAGGCGGGAAGGGCUGCGAUUGGUGCGCGUGGAUCGGCUGUUGCCGAUAGUGGGGGUGGGUGGGCUGCUGGAUUGUAUUCUGGUGAAGCAGCAGCAGCGGGAGGAGCAGCGGCAGGAGGACGAGGGGAGGAAUGAGGAGAGGGAGGAGGGGGAAGAAGGGAUGGGAGGCGAGGAGGGAGAGGAUGGGGAGGAGCAGGAGGGGGACAUGUUGAGAGAGGGAUCAAACUCACCCCUGUCGGAAGGAUGA